CUAAAGUGGAAUAUAGACAUGGACGGAAUAUGGAGUUUAGGAACUUUUCCAGAUUGGGAGGCCCUAUGACACUUUUAUGGUAAUGUUGCGCAGGUUUGUAUUGUAUUUUUUUCCUAGAAGAUGGACCUAUGUGAGUCAUUAUAGUUCACGAAGAACAAGACGUUUUCGGAUACCUUUUCAUCAUGUUGAAGGCAUGACUCCCGGUUGGUGUGUGCAGCUUGUAAAUGCGAAGAAACCAGGAGAAGUUGCGUAGAAGUGGCAUGAUGGGAAGCAAAAAAGUGCCUUCAUAUGUGGGGGAGCUGAAUUCCGAGGACAGAGCGACACUGUCCACUAUAAUACUGUCCGCAAUCCCGGGCUCCGAUGCGUGGCUCCUCCACCUAAGGAGGUUAAUGCACUCCAGCUACCGCCAGUUUGCGAACUGGAUAACACUGAGGCCACUCUUAUAAACAGCAGCGCCAGGCUGCAGAAGAAAAAAGCGGUGGAGGCCGCCUGAGUCCGAAUCUGAUUGCUUCGUAGUUUUGCGAUGCCUUUUGGACGUUUCGCUUCUGGUCGCAUCGAGAAAUUGCCAAUCAUUCGAAUGCGCCAGGAUAUCAAGUUGAACGUAAGAACAAGAACUUGAAUUUUUCAUAUCCGAAAAACAACACAAUGUGAAUGUGGAACAAGAACACGAUUUUCCUUUGAAGAUAAAUCAGCGAUAUCUUCAGCGAUCAGAGGACCGCGUUCUUGCAGCGGCGCUGCCAUGAUGUAAUGGAU